AUGAACACCAAAGCAGAAGAUAUAUCAUCAGAUCCUUCAGGGAUUUUUGAGUGUUCAUACGAUCCUCAUGUUUAUAAUGUCACAUCUUAUAGUACCGAUUUUCGAAUAGUUGAUAUGUGUACUUUUGAAUGUUCUUGCCCCAGAAGAGGUAAGUCGUUUUGUUCACAUAUAAGAGCUAUAUGUAAGAAAUAUAAAGAGAAAUAUCCUCGCGAAGUUUCCAAUAUUUUUGGGAUUUUAAAUGAUAUAAAUAUGAAGAACAAGCGAGCUACAUGUAUAGAUAAGCCAAAUAAUCACUUGAACUUGUUAAUUCGUGGGCUAAAUAGUGUCUUCUAUUUUCGCAAUAUUUUGGAUAUUUCGGAGAUUCAUAACAUUGAAGCUAAGCAAAGAUAUUCAAGAGUUAUUUAUGCUACUUUAAGAGUUCUUAGUGGUAUUUCAUGGAGAAUAUAUCAAAGUAAAGAUCAAAAGGGAGAUUUACCAUUAAUUGUUCACACUGCUAGUAUCGUUAGAAACAAUAUUUCAGUAAAAGUAUUAAUGGAUGCACUAGACAAGAACUUAGAAGAAAGUUUGUUAGGGGAUGAUACCUCUGAAGUAAAUGCUCUUAAACAAUUAGAAAUAGCUGUUACUUCAGAUACAGGUUUAAUCUGUGACUUUUCUAUUGUUGAUAUAAUUGAGAGCUUUUUAAGAGAAAAUUGCUAUAGUAAUUUGUCUAAACAGAAAUUAUUGAGAGGAAUUUACAAUUAUUUAUAUAAUUGGCAUGAUGUAUAUGAAUUUAAUUCAGAUAGAGAUAGGGAGAGUGCGAAAAGUGGCAUUUUAAAAACUAAGCUUGGACAAAAAGUUCUGAGUAUAGUACAAAGCUGCGUUAAAAGAAGUAGUUCUCAGGUUAAUUGUCAAAACAUGAUUAAUAAUAUGCUUAUUGAACAACUUGGUCUAAAUUUGAGUAGUAUUGGCAUAAAAAAUUACCAAGAUAUUCUUCAGGAUCCAAGUUUCAAUACAAAGCCUGGAAAAAACCUUAAUUCUGUAGUAUUUAAUGCUACAAAUUUAGUUUCUAACUUAUAUUUUGUUAGAUAUAUAAAUACUUGUUGUGAUAAUAAUAAAUCCAAUUAUUAUAUGGAGGAGAUAAUUGGCGAGAAGGAAAUAUUAAGAUCUAUUCAGCAGUGUCCUCCUAUGACUGAUCUGAAUAACUACUUAUUUUGGUUUGCUUCUAGUAGAUACACUACUCAUGGUAGCUUGGAAGAUUUUAUUAGGAAGCAUGAGAAUAGUGAAUAUAUAAGGGAUUUUUUUUUUCUAUGUUAUUCAGCUAGUCAUAUAAAAAAAAGUGGUAAUAGUAUACAUAAUCCCAUUAUGGGAGUUGGUAAUUUGUGUAUAAUUAAAUUAGUUAAACCAACAGCAGAUAAGGAUGGAAUACACACAAAAUUUAGUUAUGAAAAUCAAAUUCUUAAUUCUAUUGAUUCUUUGGAUGGUAUAAUGGUUGUGAAUUACUUACUGGCAGCCUGUAUUUGGGAAGAUGGGGUAAAGAAUUUUAUAGAUGCAUAUCCUAUUGAUGAAUUUAUAAGACGAACUAAAUUAGUAGUUGAAGAUGGUUCUAAAAAAAGAAGUAGCUUUAUAGAAAUGUUGCAGAUUAUUAUAGCGAUUACACCCCCAGCUUUUAAUAAUCUUAUUUGGGAAUAUAUAAUUAUACCAAUAAUCUCUCUAUGGGAAGAUCAAACAAUAGAAUCAACCAUUCAUUCUCUUAUAGUGUUUUUUAUAGAAUGUAGAAAUGACUCUGCUUUAAACAAUAUUGUAGAUACUAUCUUUAACAUACUACCAAAUCUCAAUUUCAAUAAGAGUCUUGAAUUACUUAACUUACAAAAGAAGAGUGGUGACUGGAAUACGCAAUAUAAUAUAAAGGAUUAUGAAUUCAGCGUAAAAGGUGAAAAGGACAGUAUUAAUUCUGAAGGUGAUUAUUUAUUGGAAAAGUGUUCUACUGAAUCAGAGGUUAGUGAAUCACGACAUAAUAUUAUAGAAUCAAACUUAAAAAUUGAUGAAAAUGGUAUAGAGCACAAAACUCCCGAGGAGAUAGUUUCUUUAAUUCAGUUAAACCGUUUUGGAAUUGGGAUAGAUUCUAGAAAAGAUCCUCAGUUAGAGAAUAUACUUCUACAGUAUUCCAAGCUGAUAAAACGUACGGGAGAAAAGUUAUCCGAGAAUCUUUAUUGUGAUAGAAAUCAUUUUCAGCUUGAACUUAUUCAAAAUGCAGAUGAUAACUUCUACGAAAAAUUGAAAUAUCAUCAAACUAGUGUCCCAUCCUUAAAAUUUAUUACUGGAAGUGGGGGAAUUCUGGUAUUAAAUAACGAAGAUGGGUUUACACCUUUAGAUAUAAUGUCACUUAGUGAUCUUGCUAACAGUUCUAAAAUAGAUUGUGGUAAGAUACGAAGAAUAGGGAAAUUUGGUUUAGGAUUUAAAAGUGUCUUCACUAUUACGGAUACUCCAUAUAUUUUCAGUAAUGGAUUUAAAAUUAGAUUUGAUGCCCAAUCUCCAUAUGGUGCAUACAUAUACCCUGAAUGGGUAUCAUGUGAAAUCACUGAACUAAUACCUAAAGAUCUACUUGAUAUAUCUGGCUAUGAAGUGAAUAAAUCCGCAUGGAAUACAGUAAUUUGGUUACCUUUCAAGGCUAGAAAAUUGACGAGAAUUCACCUAAAACCUGAAUUUUUACUAUUUACAAAUAAGCUUGUAUAUCUUGAGCAUACCCAAAAAAAUGCGACUAUUUCAAUUAAAAAGUGCACAGAAAUUUUAGAUGAUAAUUCAUACUUCACUACAAUAUUCAUUCAAGAAUAUAUUCAUUCUAAAGAUGCUGAGAGAACCAUUAAAAAACGAAAAUUACUACCUGGAGGAAGGUACUGGAAAAGACAAUUUUUACUCGUAGAUUAUGAUAUAUCUUCAAUAUGUAAACAAAAUCACUGGUUAGAUCGCGAAAUUUACAAAAAUCGCCAGAAGAAGAUAGUUAUUGGAGUGGAACUUAAGGCAGAUGAAUCCACAAAUACUGGAGUUUGUUUGGGUAAACAGUAUUGCGACGUUUUUGCAUUUUUGCCUAUUCGAUCAUAUGGAUUUCACUUUAUUAUACAUGCUGAUUUUGAACUAACUUCGUCAAGGGAGGGAAUAGCAACAAAUAAUGAAUGGAAUUGUCUACUACGUGACUGUAUUCCGAAUGCUUUAAUUCAUGCGAUACAAUCUUGGAGAAGACUGGAUAAUUUAUCCAUGCUACAUAAAUCAUUUCUGUCUGUUAUACCUCUAUCUAGUGACUAUGUUGAUAACUUUUUUGCCCCAAUAAUAACAAAAUUUCAUCAUAUGCUAAAGUCUGUACCAUGUAUUUAUACUCAAAGUGGUAUUUUUGAAUACCCUAGAAAUGUACUGUGCUCUUUUAAUACAUAUUCUGGAUUAUCGGUUGACACUAUCUCUAAAAUAUUCCCUAAUCUCGAUGAAUUAUGUUUUGUGUUGGAUAAACAUUGCAAAAAGAAAAUUAUUUGUAGUGAUGUUGAAAAAUAUGUUGAACAUACUAUCUUUGAUGAUCUUGGAAUAGAUUCAGUUAACUUGGUAAUUAUCAUCACACUCAUAGAUGGUAUGAUAAGGGAUUUUUCUUACUUUAACCGUCCUUUUGAAUGGUAUAUACAAGUUUUUACUCUUUUGGGAAAGCUCAUUGCAUCUUCAACUUAUUCGGAAAGUUAUCUGCAGACAUUGAAAAAUUUACCUUUAUUUCUUACUGAUAAAGAUGAAUAUGUAUCAUCCUAUAAUAAUAAACUGGGGAGGAAUCAACUAUUUCUCCCUUCAAGCGAGUUAUUUACUUCUAUUAAUGUUGCAUGCAUUCACUUUAUAAGCAAGAAAUUACUAAAAAAUUCAGAUACAGUUAUUAGUGGAAGUGAAUAUUAUGUAGAUAUAAAGAAUCUUAAUAGUUUUUAUAAUGACAUGGAUAUUUAUGAUAUUAAGGAAGAGCAAUAUAUAGAAUUUAUUUUAGAAAAAGUAACACAUUUAGACCCUAAAAUUGAUGCAAAAACUAUAAUAAGAUUAUCAAGUAUACUUAAUUCAUUUUGGGUUAGGAAACCUAUUGAUAAAAAUGUGAUUAUAUUUGGUGUAUCAAGUAAUGAAAAGAUCCUCCCCUUAACUUCAGAAAAUUUUUACAUUCAUGAAAAAUUGGGAAAUAUAACUAAUUUUGUAUAUAUUUUAGAUUUAUUAGAAGAAGAGACAUUUAUAAAACAUGAAUUCAAAUAUUUGAGAGAUACUUCGCGUAGUAAACUUAGUCUAGAUUAUUUAGAAUUUGGUGAUAUAGAGUAUUGGAGAUAUUUUUUCUCACUUUUUGGGAUAACGGAGUUACCUUUUAUAAUCAAGAAACUCAAUUUAAAUUUGGAUAAUCUGGAUGAAAAUCAAUUAAUGAAGCAUAUUAAAGAUAUUAUUAGGGGUGAUAUAGAUGAAUCAGUAUUAAAAAAACAUAUAAACGAUCUCAUAAAAUUGAGAGAUAAAGGUUUCAAUACAGUGAUAGAUUUUUAUAUUGAAGGAUUAGAAGAUAUAUGUGAGUUGUUGAGAAGUUGCAGGAUAGUGAAUAAUCAAGAAAAAGCGGAUUUAAUACUUGUAAAGUUUACAGAAGAUUUGUGCAAAGUUGUAUGUUCUAACUGGAACUCUCUAAGCAAAUUCUGGCACUUAGGACAAGCAAAUUCAGAUUGUUCCAUACCAAAUUCAUAUUCUCUACUAGCUCAUCAACUGCAAAAUGCUUCACUAUUUAGUUAUGUGAAGUAUAUAACUGAAACUUCAUAUUCGCUUAUUGGCAUUUCUCGUCCCAAGCAACUGACAUAUUGUAGUAAUAUGGAAUAUUUACAGAUAAUCUCGCCCUUUGUCGGGUUAAUACACUUAGAAAAUAAUGCAUAUCCAAUAGAAAUACUUGAAUUUGCAUUUGGAGUUAAUACUAGAAUUAAUAGUUCAAAAUAUAUUUUCUCUAUACUCGAAUCAAUAUGCUGCAACGAAAAUUCAACAAAUUUGGUAACUUAUAAAAUAAAAGAUAUAUCAUACUUCUCUCUUGUUACACUAUUUGACUUCUUUAUAUAUUGUAUGAAAUUUAACAAUGAUUUGGACAUAGAUAUUUCUGAUGUCUUCAAAAAAGUUUGUAUGAUUCCUGUAAAGUUGUCUAAUGGAAGCAUAAUUUGGAAGAAGUCUAGUGAAGUAUAUUGGGAAGAUAAAGACAAAUUAAUAAGCUGGUCCCAACCUUUAGGUGAACUUUUUUUACAUGAUGAUAUAGAACACAGAUGUAGAACAACGGAUUUUUUUAGUUUUUUUGUGACUGAACUAGGAAUUUCUUUAUCACCAACAGAUAAACAACUUCUGGCUGAGCUUGACAACUUUCAGUAUAGUGAUAAAAAUGACCUAGACUCAGAGCAACUAUUAUCAUUAAUAAAGAUAAUAGUAUACCUAUCAAAUUCCAUGAAGUUUGGAAGUAUCUUGGAAUUUCCAAGUUCUGUACUUCUUCCAGUAGUAAGUAAUGGAUCAUAUGAUCUAUUUGAUUAUAGAAAAAAAAGCUCUCCAUUACUUUUUCCAUCGCUGUCCAAUUUAUGCAUUCUUUUUUCGGAGAAUUUCUCUGGAAUAACAGGAGAAAUGAAAAUGUUAUGGUCUCCCUUUUGUAUUUAUAUAAAUGAUAAUUUAGCUAAAUAUAACUGGGAGGAAAUAAUUGCUAUAGAUAAUUUACAAAAGCAGUGGUACUCUUUAUGCUUACCAAUUACUACUGCAGUUUAUGGGUACAUAUCUAGCGACCAAGUGGAUAGAGAUGACGCUCAUUUCGAACUUUCUAGUUUUGAAAAGGAAAGUAAAUUUUAUAAGGAGCUCAUAGCUAACAUCUUAGGUCCAUUGUGUGAAGAUUCUCUCGAUUGUAUAUCUAGGUCUGAUUACAAAGAUUGGCAUGCUCGCGUUUCGAAGUGUGAAGUUUUGAUUUUGGAAAAAGAUAUUUUUGUAGAGUUCAAUUUUUCCAUAAAUAAAGUCCGGCUUGCUUCUUACUAUGAUAACAAAGCUGAUAUUAUAUAUAUAAAACAUCUGAAAAGUCUAAAUACUGGUGACUAUAAGCAUGUAGUAGCAUCAUUACUUUCAUUUGUAUCAAGUUUUUUGAGUGAAACUAGUUCUUGUAAUCUUGGAGUAUUUAAAAUAUCACAUAUUCUCAUUAAUUUGGUAAUAAAAAAAGUUCUUAAAUCUUCCUCUUUUCAAAUUUCUUGGAAUGAUAUAAUAGUAAAACUUAGUAAAAAAGCUGAAACCUCAAUAAGAGGAUAUAGAUUUAACUUCAGGUACUUCUUAUUUAACAAAGACUAUGGCGAUGAUGAAAACUCAUCUGAAGACUUUACAUUCAAGCAUUUUGAAUCUAAAGAUGUGGUAUCUGAAUUAAAUAACUCGACAAUUAAUUCUGUAAAAUUGGACAGAUUCUUAAAUUCAGGUCCAAAUCCUACAGCUAUAGAUAUUGGAAAGUUUGGUGAGAAGGCAGGAUUUGAUUACUUAUCUGAAAUUUACAAACAAGAUAUAUUAAAUGGUAAAGUUACUAUAACUUGGGAAAAUGAAUACAUGGAAAGAGGCCUCCCGUAUGAUAUAACAAUCAAUACUAUAUCACCAUUAUCUAGAGAAAUUGUAUCGACCACAUAUAUAGAAGUGAAAUCUUCAUUAAGCAAAGAUAGAAAGUUUUUUCAUAUUACUUGUAAAGAGUGGUCAUACGCCCAAUUACAUCAAGAUAAUUAUUGGAUUUUACGUGUAUUUGGAGUUAGACCAAGCUCAAACAAUACAACCAAUUCAAAAUAUAAAUUUACACUAAUCAAAAAUCCAUACAGAUAUUGGGUAAAUGGUCAAUUUCAAGUUCUUUUGGUAACAUGA